AUGCCAACAAAGGCAACUCCUGAAGAGGCAAGGCUGUGGUCUGAGUCUGUGGAUAAGUUGCUCUGCCACAAAGCUGGUCAGGCUGCCUUCAGGGACUUCCUCAGGACAGAAUUCAGCGAGGAGAACAUUGAUUUCUGGCUAGCCUGUGAAGCCUACAGGAAGAUCAAGUCUCCCACGAAGCUGGCUUCUAAAGCCAAGAAGAUAUACUCUCAAUUCAUAGAACCCAAGGCACCCAAAGAGAUUAACAUUGAUUUUACAACACGAGAAAAUAUCACGAGAAGCAUGGACAAGCCCACGCAAUCCAGCUUUGACGCAGCACAAAAUGUCAUCUACGGACUGAUGGCAAGAGACUGCUACCCUAGGUUCCUGAGGUCAGACGGUUACCUGGGACUUGUCUGCAGAAGGGUCUCGACCUGAAACAUCACACAUUCCUUCCCUCCAGAGAUGCUGCCUGUCCCGCUGAGUUACUCCAGCAUUUUGUGUCUACCUGUCUACCUGUGGUUACCUGGGACUGAUCAGCAAGGUGAACACCACCCCGCACAACUGAUGCCGAACAUCUCUCCAUGUCCUGACACAAGUCAACAGGUCAAUGCUGUCGUUUUUCUCUGAAGGGUCCCGUCCCGAAACGUCCCCUAUCCAUGUUCUCCACGAUGCUGCCUGACCUGCUGAGUUACUCCAGCACUUUGUAUUUGUUGUUGUAAACCAGCAUCUGCAGUUUCUUGUUUCUAGAUUCCCGUAAACCUCCUCUGGACCCUCUCCAACGGCAGCACAUCCGUGCUCAGAUAGUUUAGUUGCGUUUUGAGAUGCAGCGUGAAUACAGGCCCUUCCGCCGACAACUCCACGCCGACCAGCGAUCACCCAUGCUCUAGUUCUACCCUACACACUAGGGACAGUUUACAGAAGCCAAUUAACCUACAAACCUUCACGUCUUUGGAGUGUGGGGGGAAACUGAAGCACCCGGAGAAAACCCACACAAAGUCCUCCAGAAUUUGUACAUUCUCACCGUGACAGCGGGGAUUUUUUGCAGGUGCUCUGGUUUCCUCUCACAUCCCAAGGCCGAAUGGGUUUGUAGGUUAAUUAGCUUCUGUAAAUUAUAAAUUGUCCCCAGUGUGUAGGAUGUAAACUGGGAUAACAAAGAUCAAUGGUUGCCACGGACUCGGUGGGCCGAAGGGCCUGUUUCCACGCUGAAUCUCUAAACUAAACCAAACUAAACAAAUUAAAAUUGUUUUUUAAAAUUUCAGUUUAGUUUAGAGAUACAGCAUGGAAGCAGGCCAUUCAGCCCAUCGAGUGCAUACUGACCAUUAAUUGCCCGUUCACACUAGUUCUUUGUUAUCCCACUUUCACAUUCACUCCCAACAUACAAGGGGUGAUUUUACAAAGGACAAUGAAAUGAAAUGCAAUAAAGGCUAUUUCUGGAGAGUUUUGCAUCAAUCUGGAAAUUCAAUCAGGUACCAUGCUGUGAGUCACCUUGAACACCUCAUAUGACUUCUUUGUGAGGAAAGCAUUAGAUUCAGGAACAGCUUCUUCCCCAAGGUUAUCACAUUACUCAACAGACCUCUCAUAAGCUAGGGUGUAGUCCCGAUCUUCCAACCUACCUCGUUGCGGCCCUUGCACUUUGUUUUAUGAUCUGCGCUUUCUCUGGCGAUGUAGCACCCU